AUGAACGCGCAAACUACGAAAAGGGUAAUUUCUCCAGUAACAGAUUUGGAGAAUUUAGCCAUUACAUUCUCUGAUCGUUACCACAGUGAUCGUUACCACAGUGAUCGUUACCACAGUGAUCGUUACCACAGUGAUCGUUACCACAGUGAUCGUUACCACAGUGAUCGUUACCACAGUGAUCGUUACCACAGUGAUCGUUACCACAGUGAUCGUUACCACAGUGAUCGUUACCACAGUGAUCGUUACCACAGUGAUCGUUACCACAGUGAUCGUUACCACAGUGAUCGUUACCACAGUGAUCGUUACCACAGUGAUCGUUACCACAGUGAUCGUUACCACAGUGAUCGUUACCACAGUGAUCGUUACCACAGUGAUCGUUACCACAGUGAUCGUUACCACAGUGAUCGUUACCACAGUGAUCGUUACCACAGUGAUCGUUACCACAGUGAUCGUUACCACAGUGAUCGUUACCACAGUGAUCGUUACCACAGUGAUCGUUACCACAGUGAUCGUUACCACAGUGAUCGUUACCACAGUGAUCGUUACCACAGUGAUCGUUACCACAGUGAUCGUUACCACAGUGAUCGUUACCACAGUGAUCGUUACCACAGUGAUCGUUACCACAGUGAUCGUUACCACAGUGAUCGUUACCACAGUGAUCGUUACCACAGUGAUCGUUACCACAGUGAUCGUUACCACAGUGAUCGUUACCACAGUGAUCGUUACCACAGUGAUCGUUACCACAGUGAUCGUUACCACAGUGAUCGUUACCACAGUGAUCGUUACCACAGUGAUCGUUACCACAGUGAUCGUUACCACAGUGAUCGUUACCACAGUGAUCGUUACCACAGUGAUCGUUACCACAGUGAUCGUUACCACAGUGAUCGUUACCACAGUGAUCGUUACCACAGUGAUCGUUACCACAGUGAUCGUUACCACAGUGAUCGUUACCACAGUGAUCGUUACCACAGUGAUCGUUACCACAGUGAUCGUUACCACAGUAAUCGUUACCUCAGUAAUCGUUACCUCAGUAAUCGUUAUUAUUGCUGUGUAAUACGUCCAUAA